GGGGCCUUGGGGUCGGGAGCUGAACUAGCUGGAGUGCGAUCCGGCCUGACCCAGCCGAGUGCAGCCCGCGGCCCUGCUCCUUACUGGCCAGCAUGUCCUUCGUCGCGGUGGCCGAGGAUUCUGACUUCCCCAUCCACAACCUGCCCUACGGCGUCUUUUCCACCCCAGCCAACCCAAGGCCGAGGAUCGGCGUGGCCAUUGGCGACCAGAUCCUGGACCUCAGCGUCAUUAAGCACCUCUUCACCGGGCCUGUCCUCUCCAAACACCAGGAUGUCUUCGAUCAGCCCACUCUCAACAGCUUCAUGGGCCUGGGCCAGGCUGCCUGGAAGGAGGCGAGAGCGUUCUUGCAGAACCUGCUGUCCACCAGCCAUGCCAGGCUCCGAGACGACACAGAGCUUCGGAGACGUGCGUUCACUGCCCAGGCUUCUGCUGUGAUGCACCUGCCGGCCACCAUAGGUGACUACACGGACUUCUACUCCUCCCGGCACCACGCCACCAACGUGGGGAUCAUGUUCCGCGGCAAGGAGAACGCCUUGAUGCCGAAUUGGCUGCACAUUCCCGUGGGCUACCACGGCCGCGCCUCCUCCGUCGUGGUGUCCGGCACCCCGAUCCGCAGGCCCAUGGGGCAGAUGAGCCCCGAUGACUCUAAGCCUCCUGUCUAUGGCGCCUGCAAGCUGUUGGACAUGGAGCUGGAGAUGGCUUUCUUUGUAGGCCCUGGGAACAACUUUGGAGAGCCGAUCCCCAUUUCCAGGGCCCACGAGCACAUUUUUGGAAUGGUUCUUAUGAACGACUGGAGCGCUCGGGACAUUCAGAAGUGGGAGUAUGUUCCUCUUGGGCCGUUCCUUGGCAAGAGUUUGGGAACCACUAUCUCUCCGUGGGUGGUGCCCAUGGAGGCCCUCAUGCCCUUUGCCGUGCCCAACCCAGAGCAGGACCCCAGGCCCCUGCCGUAUCUCCGCCACGACCAGCCCUACUCGUUCGACAUCAGCCUCUCCGUCACCCUGAAAGGAGAAGGAAUGCGCCAGGCAGCCACCAUCUGCAAGUCCAAUUUUAAGUACAUGUACUGGACGAUGCUUCAGCAGCUGACCCACCACACCGUCAAUGGCUGCAACCUUCGCCCAGGGGACCUCUUGGCUUCUGGAACCAUCAGCGGGCCGGAGCCAGAGAGCUUUGGCAGCAUGCUGGAGCUGUCGUGGAGGGGGACAAAGGCCAUUGAGCUGGGGCACGGGCACACCAGGAAGUUCCUGCUGGACGGUGAUGAAGUCAUCAUAACAGUGAUGCUCAUCGCACGUCCUUCCCAUCACACAUCCUGGCCCUCCCAGCGUUCCCUGGAGUGUGGGAAGAGUGCAGCACCUAUACCAGUUAGGGUCCUCAGAGAAACAGAAACGAGAAGGCCACUGCCAGGGGGAUGGGUACCGCGUCGGCUUUGGCCAGUGUGCUGGAAAAGUGCUGUCCGCUCUCUUGCCCGCGUGACCUCUGCGUUGCUGGACGUGAGGAGCUCCCCGCCCCCGCCUGGGACGUCAGCGGUCGUCUGUGGGGCUGUGGGCCUGGUUCUUCAUCAGGGGUAAAUAAAGCCUUCUAAGGCCUUCACGCUCUA